CUAAGGUGAUUCCAAACGAAAUGGUGAAGCAACGGAGUGUGUGUCAAGGUAUCUGUUUAUAUCGCUCGUUUGUGAAAGUUUGAAACAUGUUAAACACAACAGUCAAACAGAAGAGACCCGCUCCGAAAGCGACCAAAAUAUCCAAAACUCUGAAUGUACCAUCAGAAUCAUCUGGAAUAUUACAUGCAAAUCAAAGCAUCAUAAAGAGCACCCGCAGUUCAUUCAGCAGAAGAAGCUUCAGUUCAGGAGAAGAUAGUAAAUUUGCAGAAAAGAGCUUUGCCCAACCAAUUAAACACACUGUACAGGUGUUUGAUGAAAACAGGCGGGAUGUCGCUCCUCUGCCAUUGUAUCAUGCAGAUCCUGCAGUACAGGUUAAACACGGCAAAACAUCUACUAUGCAUGAAAGAUCAUGGGGUACCACAACAGAUUUCAUGUCUUUAGCCCUCCAGACCAAUGCAAGCUUGGCUGCACCAUUUACAAGGUCUUUAUUGGGGAGCAUUGUAACAUCCAAAGCAAGCCAGUCGACAGCAGAAUCAGUGGCUGAUGAAGCUGAGGAUGUCUUGAAACAUGACCUUGCCACCAGUUACUCAGAUGUCCAGGUUGAGGAGGCCAUGAUAGACAUCGUGGUAGAUUGUUACCUUACUGAGACAGAUACUAUGUGGCUUUUAGACAUUCCUUCAAUUUCUGUGUCAAUAGAUUCAAAGAAUGCUGAGGCAAUAAAGGAAAGGAACAAUGCUUACCAAGAAUUGUGUAAAAAUAGACAAGGCAAUGAUAAGUAUGUGGAACGCUCAAUGCAGACAUUCAAUGGUGCCCUAAAGACAAAGGAGGUCCAAUGUGAUACUGUUACCUUGAAAGACAAAGCUGUCAUGUCUACCGUCUGGGACAUGUAUGAUUCAUUCUGCACUGAAACUGGAGAGGUCAGUGAAGACACAGUAACGUUUUCUGAAGAAAAGAAGGCUGUUGUCCAAGGCGGAUCCUCUAUGAGUCUCCAAACCAACUCUAGGGGGAUUGACAUGACUGUUUCUAUGAUCAGCACCAUCGGUGGAGGCAGUGGUGCGAGCUCUUAUAUUGAAAUGGAUGCCUUUGAGUCUUUGACGAAGGAAGAGCCAGACACUGAAUGGAUCUUACAGUCUGACAAAUUCAAGCAGGAUCUGGCUGUGAUGGAGAGGGUGGUUCUGGAAAAUAUCUUCCAACCUAAGCUUGCUGCAUACCGACAGUUGCCGGUCAUAGAAGAUCCAGACCGUGUGCAGCCAGAAAUGGAAGUGGAGAGUUGGACAGAUCAGAACUCCCUGAGCCCUUUCCUGGAGCGCCUGUGGGCCUUCAGGUGUGAACUCACCGUGGGCCGAAAUAUCAGCAGUAUGACCUGGAACAAGAGAAACCCAGAUCUUCUUGCUGUGGGAUAUGGAGAGUUUGACUUCAAAGAUCAGAAAUCUGGACUUGUUUGCUGCUGGUCUUUAAAGAACCCCAUGUGGCCCGAGCGAAUCUUUCAUUGCGAGAGUGGAGUAACUGCUCUGGAUUUCUCAGCUUGUAAUGCCAGUCAGCUGGCUGUAGGAAUGUAUGAUGGCAGCAUUGCUGUCUAUAAUGUACAGAGCAGAGAGCAAACGGCCAUCAUUGACAAAAGUGACUCGGCCAACAUGCACACAGGUCCAGUGUGGCAUCUAAAAUGGAUUCUUAAUGAGAAAGGGCGGUCUGGUGGGGAUAAAGAGGAAAUACUGAUUUGUGUGUCUGCUGAUGGACAGAUUAGCAAGUGGUUGCUCCGCAAAGACCUGAAACGCACCGAGUUGAUGAAACUGAGGAAAACUAAAGACAGAGAUGAGAAAAGCACAAAACUGAGUACAUGUAAAAGCAAGUAUGAUGUGCCAAUCUCACGUCUUGGUUCAGGCCUGUGUUUCGAUUUCAAUCCUAAGGAUUCAAAUAUCUACCUGGCUGGAACAGAGGAAGGAGAAAUACACAAGUGCUCUUAUUCAUAUAAUGAGCAGUUUCUGGAUACUUACCAAGCCCACAAAGGUCCCGUUUAUAAGAUAAGAUGGUCACCAUUCAAUCCAGAUGUUUUCCUAAGUUGUUCCUCAGAGUGGACCAUUCAGCUGUGGAAGCAUGAUCUGCUUACACCCAUCCUAAGUUUCACCUCCAGCCAAAAAGCUGUGUAUGAUGUUGUGUGGUCACCGCACUGCGCCACUGUGUUUGGAGCUGUCAGCGAGGGCAAGGUGGAGAUCUGGGACCUGAGAUUCAACAUUCUUGACCCAACCAUCGUAAGCAUGACCAGUCCAGAAAUGAAGCCGACUAGUCUGUUGUUCACCUCUGAGACAGACUGUGUUCUGGUUGGGGACAGUGAAGGUGAUGUCAGUGUAUUCAAGCUGAAAAACUUUACUACAGGAGACAGCACACAGGUAGAUGCAUUGGAGGAUAUAAUUCAGUCUACACUGGCCAGUCAACUCUGAGUGUCUGCUUGUCUGUACUGUUUUAUUUUUAUUUUGUAACUCUUUGUUUAUUUGUCUCUUCCCAUUGUGUUCAUAUGUGUCUUGUUAUCUCUGAUUAGUCUGUGUAUGUACAGCCCUUGUGUUUUCCUUGUUCUUGGUUUAGUCUUGUGUUCUGUUUAUUGUCAAACUGGGUGACAUUGAUUCUAUUUCUAAAUAAAAAUGAGCCCAUUUUACUUUA